GCGGCUGGGGCGCGGGGGCGGCGGCUGUCAGCCCCGCAUCGCAGCUGCCAGUGUGCCGCAUCGCCGCGAGACAGACCCGCCCGGGCAAAGCCAGCGAAGCCCAGCUCGGUGCCCGCUUCAGCACCGCGGACAGCGCCGGGCGCCCUGGCCUCUGCGGGGAUCUGAACCCCGCUAGCAAGCGCGCUCGCUCGCUCGCUUUUGGCACCGCCGAUCCGGCCCGGGGUGUCCAGCUCCAGCCGGGGAAUGCGCCCCGCGCCCCGCGUUGGCGUUGCCCAGAGCCGGGGAGCUGCGGCCCGGAGCCCAUGAGCGCCAUGCAUCUGCUGACCCUCGCCCUGCUUCUUUCCUGCUCCUUCGCGCGAGCCUCCUGCGACCCCAAGAUCGUCAACAUCGGCGCGGUGCUCAGCACUCGCAAGCACGAGCAGAUGUUCCGCGAGGCAGUGAACCAGGCCAACAAACGCCACGGCUCCUGGAAGCUGCAGCUCAACGCCACGUCCGUCACGCACAAGCCCAACGCCAUCCAAAUGGCCCUGUCGGUGUGCGAGGACCUCAUCUCCAGCCAGGUCUAUGCCAUCCUGGUUAGCCACCCCCCAACGCCCAACGACCACUUCACCCCCACCCCCGUCUCCUACACGGCUGGCUUCUACCGCAUCCCUGUGCUGGGACUGACCACGCGCAUGUCCAUCUACUCGGAUAAGAGCAUCCACCUGAGCUUCCUGCGCACGGUGCCGCCCUACUCGCACCAGUCGAGCGUGUGGUUCGAGAUGAUGCGCGUGUACAGCUGGAACCACAUCAUCCUGCUGGUGAGCGACGACCACGAGGGCCGCGCGGCCCAGAAGCGCCUGGAGACGCUGCUGGAGGAGCGCGAGUCCAAGAGUAAAAAAAGGAACUAUGAAAACCUCGACCAACUGUCCUAUGACCACAAGCGCGGACCCAAGGCCGAGAAGGUGCUGCAGUUUGACCCGGGGACCAAGAACGUGACAGCUUUGCUCAUGGAGGCGAGAGAGCUGGAAGCCCGUGUCAUUAUCCUCUCAGCCAGCGAGGACGAUGCAGCCACCGUGUACCGAGCGGCCGCGAUGCUGAACAUGACGGGCUCCGGCUACGUGUGGCUGGUCGGGGAGCGCGAGAUCUCGGGGAACGCCCUGCGCUACGCCCCGGACGGCAUCAUCGGGCUGCAGCUCAUCAACGGCAAGAACGAGUCGGCGCACAUCAGCGACGCGGUGGGCGUGGUGGCGCAGGCGGUGCACGAGCUGCUGGAGAAGGAGAACAUCACCGACCCGCCGCGGGGCUGCGUGGGCAACACCAACAUCUGGAAGACGGGGCCGCUUUUCAAGAGGGUGCUGAUGUCCUCCAAGUACUCAGAGGGCGUGACUGGCCGCGUGGAGUUCAAUGAAGACGGGGACCGAAAGUUCUCCAACUACAGCAUCAUGAACCUGCAGAACCGCAAGCUGGUGCAAGUGGGCAUAUACAACGGCACCCAUGUCAUCCCCAACGACAGGAAGAUCAUCUGGCCACCAGGAGGGGAGACGGAGAAGCCCCGAGGGUACCAGAUGUCCACUAGGCUAAAGAUAGUGACGAUCCACCAAGAGCCCUUCGUGUAUGUCAAGCCCACAAUGAGCGAUGGAACAUGCAAGGAAGAAUUCACAGUCAAUGGCGAUCCGGUCAAGAAGGUCAUUUGCACAGGGCCCAAUGACACCUCUCCUGGCAGCCCACGACACACGGUGCCUCAGUGCUGCUAUGGGUUCUGCAUCGACCUGCUUAUCAAGCUGGCGCGGACUAUGAACUUCACCUACGAGGUGCACCUUGUGGCCGACGGCAAGUUCGGCACACAGGAGCGGGUGAACAAUAGCAACAAGAAGGAGUGGAACGGGAUGAUGGGCGAGCUCCUCAGCGGCCAGGCAGACAUGAUUGUGGCUCCACUGACCAUCAACAAUGAGCGCGCACAGUACAUCGAGUUCUCCAAGCCCUUCAAGUACCAGGGCCUGACCAUUCUGGUCAAGAAGGAAAUUCCCCGUAGCACACUGGACUCGUUCAUGCAGCCUUUCCAGAGCACUCUGUGGCUGCUGGUGGGACUGUCGGUGCAUGUAGUGGCUGUGAUGCUCUAUCUCCUGGACCGCUUCAGUCCCUUUGGCCGGUUCAAAGUGAACAGCGAGGAGGAGGAAGAAGAUGCACUUACCCUAUCCUCGGCCAUGUGGUUCUCCUGGGGCGUCCUUCUGAACUCCGGCAUCGGAGAAGGUGCCCCCCGGAGCUUCUCUGCCCGUAUCCUGGGAAUGGUGUGGGCCGGCUUUGCCAUGAUCAUCGUGGCCUCCUACACUGCCAACCUGGCAGCCUUCCUGGUGUUGGACCGGCCGGAGGAGCGCAUCACAGGCAUCAAUGACCCCCGGUUGAGAAACCCCUCUGACAAGUUCAUCUACGCCACAGUGAAGCAGAGCUCUGUGGACAUUUACUUCCGGCGGCAGGUGGAGCUGAGCACCAUGUACCGGCACAUGGAAAAGCACAACUAUGAGAGCGCGGCUGAGGCCAUCCAGGCUGUGCGGGACAACAAGCUGCACGCCUUCAUCUGGGACUCUGCUGUGCUGGAGUUUGAGGCCUCGCAGAAGUGUGACCUGGUCACCACGGGCGAGCUAUUCUUCCGCUCCGGCUUCGGCAUUGGCAUGCGCAAGGACAGUCCCUGGAAGCAGAACGUCUCCCUGUCCAUCCUCAAGUCCCACGAGAAUGGCUUCAUGGAAGACCUGGACAAGACAUGGGUUCGGUACCAGGAGUGCGACUCGCGCAGCAAUGCCCCUGCGACUCUCACCUUUGAGAAUAUGGCAGGGGUCUUCAUGCUGGUGGCCGGGGGCAUCGUGGCCGGCAUUUUCCUCAUCUUCAUCGAGAUUGCCUACAAGCGGCACAAGGAUGCCCGCCGGAAGCAGAUGCAGCUGGCCUUCGCUGCAGUGAACGUGUGGAGGAAGAACCUGCAGCAGUACCAUCCCACUGAUAUCACGGGCCCGCUCAACCUCUCAGAUCCCUCGGUCAGCACCGUGGUGUGAGGCCCCCCGGAGGCGCCCACCUGCCCAGUUAGCCCGGCCAAGGACACUGAUGGGUCCUGCUGCUCGGGAAGGCCUGAGGGAAGUCCAGCCAACCCACAGACUGCCCACCCUGGCCUGCCUGGCGGGCAGCCCCUGCUGGACCGAGGCGCGGACCACAGCAGCUGCAGACGGGAGCAGACCUGAGCUGGCUGGGCAGGGCGGCGGGCGCCCGGGCAGAGGCAGGGCGCGGGGGUCUCUGCGCGGUGGGCACCAGGCAGAGGCCCUUGCAGGGGGCCAGCCGGAACCUGCACCACCACGGAAGGGGUCCUGGCCCCGGCUCUAGCUGCACCUCCCAAGCCCUCGCGCCACUUUCCCAUUCUGUCCCAUCAGGCCAGACCCCUCUGCUGAGCUGCUGGCCCUAACCCUCCCCGGUGACAGACUCGGGACCUCGCCUGCCAGGGCUCCUCCCCACACGCUCCCUGCUAAGUCACGCCUUCCCUGGACUUGGGGCCGAGCGCACAGGCCCUGCCGGCCGCUUUGGGUGCUGGUGUGGCUGGCACGACUGCCCUGGGUGCCUGCCUGCCCCGCGCGCAUCCUGUCCCCACCUUGUACAGGCCCCAGUCCCCGUAUCCGCGCGCGCCUCCCCGUCCCCGCCCGAUGUGUGUGUGUGAGUGUGUGUGCAGUGCUGAUGCGUAAAGGAAGGAAACCACCAGGUUC